CUCUCAACUGUGUUUCCCCUUUAGGAACUUCUUGCGUUGAGACAGUGACGAUGGAGUACUACGCGGGAGUCACUUCGAGCUUCGCGCACGUCCCGUCCACUCUCCCAUCCGCUCCUCCAAAGCCACUCAGAUCACAAGCCGCUCUAGUACUCUCUCCCCGCCCCGCUGUCUCCGUCGCCAGCAUCGCCGGCCCCUGCUUCCACGACCCCGAGAUCGGCAUCUUCGACGCCGACCGCUACUUCAACGACGAAACUCACGAGCCACCCGUCAAUCGCACCAAAUUUAUCAUCGCACCGGCCGAAAGGUGCGGUGAUCUCCACCGGAGAGACGACGGCCACGCUAAGCUCGGCCGCAGCCUUUCGACCCGCUCGACGCCGACCGCCUCGUCCGAAACCAGCUGCAACAGCCGGUCGGGCCUCCUCCCCUACUCUGUCCGCGUCAAUUCCUUGCCUUUGAAGGAUCCGGCCUCCAGGUCUCCGUCCUCCGCCGGCCGCCGCCUCUUCCGCGGCAACUGCUCUUGCUCGGGAAAGAAGGCGGUUGAUGUUGACGAGAAGUGCCCGGAACCCAAAAGCCCGCUUCGCUCUGCUUUGGAGCUGAAUUCCUCUGUUAUCUCGAAAUAUCCCAUCUUUCGAGCAGGGCAAAUGGGUUUGAGUAGCAUUCCGGAGAGAGCCGCGAUCGACGAGAUCAUGAACGAAUUUGGCGUCGAGGAGCUGGUGAGAAACGUGAAGAUGAUAUCUCCUACAAAUUGUCCCCCAAAUCCCAGCCUCUUUAGCGCUUCCACUCGAUUAUCUCCGUCGAGAACAUUUCUGCCAGAAGUUGAUCGCCUGACCGUGAGCUCGUCCGCCGGCUUCUCCUUCCCCAUCUUGAAUGACUCUCCCUCCGAAGAGCCUCCGCGGGAAUCAUUAGAAGUCUACCGGCCCACGAUGGAGACGGCGGCGAAUGCUCCGUCAGAUUUCCAACGCCUCUCUGUCGUUUUCCCGUUCUCCGACGACGAAGCCCGCCGUAGCUUUACCUUUCCGGUUAUUCCGAAGCUCUCGGUGGAUGACGACGCGGCGAGCGACGCAAGCUCGGACCUUUUCGAGAUAGAGAGCUUCUCCAAUCAGGCGACGUACCGCCGGCGCGAUUCCCUCGAGCAGGUACGGCAUGGCGUCGAUCUGGAGGCGAAUCCGUCCAUCGCGCGCAGCGAGUGCUACGCCCCGAGCGAGGUGAGCAUCCAAUGGAGCGUCACCACCGCGGAAGGCUUUGACCGCGCAAGCCUGGCCAACUUCUCCAGCGCUGCCUCUCGCUGCGGCGACCUCGGCCUCGUCCAGGCAGAGCAACAGCGGUUGUCCGGCAGCGGCAGGAGGAGAUGCAGCGGCCUUCUGAGCUGCCGGAGCAAGAAGUCGGUGAGCGUCAGCCCCAAGCCGGUCCGACCGGGCUCGGUUCGACCGACAACAAACCGAGCGAUUUGGGGUCGCUAAAGCAAUUGCGCCUUGUUAGGAGAAGCUUCACAUGUUAAUCGCAUCAUCCGGUGUUAUCAAUUAUUACAAUUACUCUAUUAAUUAGUAAAUGGACGUAGA